AGAUACUGCACUUCCUGCUUUUCACUGAGCUCACAGGCCGAGACACAAGCCAGACAGAUUUUGACCCAUUUGGACUUUAAACAGAGGAUGAAAGGCCUGGGGAUUGUGCUGCUGAUGUGCUCCAUUUGUGCUGUGGCAGAUGCUUCUGAAGCUGAGAAAAACCUGAUAGCCAAGCUGUUCACCAACUACACCUUGAAAGUGCUACCGGUGAAGAACGUGGGGGAGAGGCUGGUUGUCAGGGUGGGGAUGAAAUUGGCCUCGCUCAUCGAUCUGAAUGAAAAGGAAGAGGAAAUGAGUACCAAUGUGUACAUGGACUUGACCUGGAGUGACUACAGGCUGUCUUGGAAUCCGGCGGAGCACGACAAUAUCCAGGUCCUGAGGCUGCCAGCAGGGAAGGUGUGGCUUCCAGACAUCGUGCUCAUUAACAACAAUGACGGUGUCUUUGACGUGUCUCUGAGAGUACACGUUCAGGCGUACAGUGAUGGCAGAGUGACCUGGAGCCCCCCUGCUCUGUAUAAAAGCUCCUGUGGAAUCAAGGUGACGUUCUUCCCCUUCGACUGGCAGAACUGCACCAUGGUGUUUCGCUCCUACACCUACGACGCCUCCGAGAUCGACCUGCAGUACGCGCUGGACAAGGAGGGCAAAGAGAUUCAUGAGAUCAUCAUGGACGAGAGUUUCAGCGAGAACGGAGAGUGGCAGAUCCGUUACAAGCCUUCCCGAAAGAACGUGGGGCCUGAUCUUUACGAAGACAUCACCUUCUACCUCAUCAUCGAGAGGAAGCCCCUCAUCUACGUCCUCAACAUAGUCAUUCCUUGCAUCCUCAUCACCAUCAUCGCCAUUUUCAACUUCUACCUCCCUCCUGAUGCAGGGGAGAAGAUGGGUCUGUCCAUCAACGUGCUGCUGACUCUUACGGUCUUCUUGCUCCUGCUGGCGGACAAGGUGCCCGAGACCUCUCUGGGGGUGCCCAUCAUCGUCAACUACCUGAUGUUCACCAUGAUCCUGGUGACCUUCUCAGUCAUCCUCAGCGUUGUGGUGCUCAACCUGCACCACCGCUCCCCCAACACCCACGUCAUGCCCCUGUGGGUCCGCAAGAUUUUCAUCCACCUCCUGCCUCAGUACCUUGGACUGCUGCGCCCCAAAACUGAGACCCCACUGUCACUGGAGUUGUCCCCCAAGAGGGAGGUGCCGGUGUCUGUAAGCCGAGCAGCGGACGAGUACUUCAUCCGGAAGCCCACCUCCAACUUCCUUUUCCCCAAGCCCAACCGAUUCCAGCCAGAGAGCUUGACUGUGGAUUUGCGGAAAUUCAUCAAUGGACCCAGCCACUACCUCACUCUGCCUCCAGACCUGAAGUCAGCCAUUGAUGCUGUCACCUACAUUGCAGAGACUCUCCAGGCUGAGAAAGACUACGAGGCGCUGAAAGAGGACUGGCAGUACGUGGCAAUGGUGGUAGACCGCCUCUUCCUCUGGAUCUUCGUCAUCUUCACCACUGUGGGCACCCUGGCCAUCUUCAUGGAUGCCAGUUUCAAUGACACACCUCAGGAUCCCUUUAUGAAUCCCUAUCCUUGAGCUCCUGAAACUCCAUAAAAGACUCCUGAGAACCAGACAUCCCCUAGAGACAUAGAGUCUAAAUCACCUCUGGACUGCUGUAUCAUCACACUUUCCUGAAGAGUUCUUUAAUCACACAGAUGUAUACACCUCAGUAAUCUUCGACACUGUGCCUGUGUGUAAAACACAGAAUUGCCUUGUAGUGGGAAAGAUAACCCUCAAGACACAGGAGAAAGGAAACACUUUAUUAACCACAGCUAUUGUAGAGGUGGCUUAAUGGUCUUUCACCCUCAAGUCUUCACCCAACAAAUUGCAUCCAAACCUGAAAACUUUACAAUUCAUUGGAGCUACCACAGCACAAUAGCUACAAAAUACACUGUUCUCCAGCUUGUAUGCAUUUUUUUACCUGAAUUACCGUUAAGGCUGUAUUUCCUAAGGUGGGUAAAGGAAUGAGGCCUAUAUUUUAUAAUGUACUAACUCUCUCUACCAAAUGUUUUGACCCCAUGGCUGCUCAUUUCUCCUACAUGUUUCACUUGUACCAUGUGGUGCAAUAGAGUCCUAAACUUCCUACGCCACCUCUUAAGUCAUGUACCUGUAGAAACAUUAACAAGUGGUGGGUUUUGUGCUAUGAGAAAGCAGCCACGUUCUCUCCUGAAAACGUUUUCUGGCUCUUCCAAAUCUCUAAACAGGCCAGCGCCCUCUGCAGCUAAAGACAGGUCUCAAUUUACCCUUACAUUCUACUCAUUCAAAACUAGGCCUGUGUUUCUGAGAAGUGUUAUAACGUUCUUAAGGAAAGACAUCAGUGCAUUUGAGAAAGCUGAUUAUGGUUGUCGAAAAGUAUUCGAUUUAACAACCCUAAAAACUUAAAUGAUUAGGACUGAACAGUACUAAGUGGUGAAACUGGGACACAUUGCUAACCAUGGUACCAUAUGGCCACUCUAAAUAGUUAUAUAAUGGCUCUUAGGAAAUGCUUUAAUAAGUCCAGAUGGUGGAUUUCAAUUAAUUUCUCCAACUGUGUCUGUGUCUCAGCUCUCGGCGUUUCAUGACUCUUCUCUUGACCUCCAUUAGCUCUGUUCCAGUGGGUCCAAAAUACAGUUUUAAUUGGAGCUUAUGUAUCAUGUACUGUGAGUAGAGUACAAACCCUGUCAGGAGAACAGUAAUCAUAAAAUCUUCAAUAAGACCAGCUCAAGGCUUCCAGGCUGAAGAGCAGUUUGUAUUGUCAUCAGUUUUCAAGCUCACAAACACAUCUCUGGUCCCAAAACAAUGCAGUGAUCUGAGAGGGGCUUAAAGUUGUUCGGUCCAUCAUAGAUUGCAAUACAGCUGUGAGUGUAAGAUCUUUUAUUGAAAAGGUAUUUUUGAGAACUCUCCUCUGGCAUGUCAGAGAAUCCAUCCAAGGGCUUGAAGUUAGUUGUUAUCAAAAGGUGCUCUAGAAAUAAAUGUUGGUACUACAAUAUUCACACUUCUGGCUAUCAGCACAUCUGAUGUGUUCUCCAGACUGCUCCUGUGUGGUAGCAUUUGAGAGCAAUUCUAACAAGGUUUUGGUAUAAGAUGCUGUCAGGCCUGGGAUCCUCUACAAACCUUUUGGUCUAGUGGGAUUGUGGUGAAAGAUAUUGGUAUUUGUGAACUUCAUAUGACCCACCUUCCUUUGCUUGUUUGUCGCUAAAUAGUCCAGAGUAUAUCGUUCAGAUGUUUCUUGAAGGAUCCCAAAGAGUCGAUUGAUCUUUUAAGUAAUUAACUGUACAAACAGAUCAUUUUUCAUCCCAAAGUGCUCUAAAUAUAGUAUGGGAACAUUUCAUCCACUUUCCACCUGGGUGACAUGCGGUACAGUGGCAGCUUCGAGGUCUCCCAUUCUCAUACAGACCAGGCAAAGCCAUGUUCAGGGCAGUGGCACUGUUCUUGGGGCUUCCUAAUUUGCUCUAGACAUCAUGAGUUUAGUGUUUUCAAUUCCAAAUGCCCUUUAUUUUCACUUGUGUCCAUGGAGUUACUGCACAGUUUAUUUAAGACAAAAUGAUAUUUACAUAUCCGUAAAUCAUCAAAACUCAAGCACCAGGAAUGCAACAUUUGGAAAUGUGGCGAUAAAAGUAGAACCUAAGGCAGAAGAUUACAUUACAGCUACUGCUGGAAAGCCAUACCAGGAAAUAUUUCAUAUAGGAGUUUCCAGCAAGCCUUAAGCAGUGUUUUCUAAUGUACUGUAUAUAGCCGGCAUGCGAAAUACCAAGCACAGUAACUAUCAGAGUUAAUAAGCAGAAUGGGUAAUGUGUGUUGUAGUUAUUUUUAAGCCUAUAAAUUGGGUUUCUUAGGUUGUAUUUUUUUUUUACUUUUAGGCAUCACGUGUGAGAUCAUUGUUUUUGUUUUUAUAACUUUUUAUGUGCAUGGCCCUAAUCUGCAUGCUGUCCUUAUUGACCCUGAAAGGGGGGAAAGGGACACAGUCUUGAAACUGCCCUGAAGCAGAAAGAAAUUAAUGUGCAACUUGUUAUACUUUUGCGCUGUAAAGCAGUGGUGCUUUCAUUUGCAACAUGUGCAAUAAUAAUAAUAAAAUGUUUCUCAUGCA